GCCGCCGCCGCCCGACGACCAGGAGCAGCCGCGGGCCCAACGGUCGGUCGGUGUCCCCGGGCCGCGGCGGCCGCCCCGUUUGAUCCGUGGAUGAAAUGAAUCAUGAUUUUCAAGCUCUUGCAUUAGAAUCUCGGGGAAUGGGAGAGCUUUUGCCUACCAAAAAAUUUUGGGAACCUGAUGAUUCCACAAAAGAUGGACAAAAAAGCGUCUUUCUUGGGGACGAUGAAUGGAGAGAGACUGCUUGGGGUACUCCUCACCAUUCGAUGUCCCAGCCUAUUAUGGUGCAGAGAAGACCUGGACAGGGUUUUCAUGGAAACAGUGAAGUAAAUGCAGUCCUGUCUCCGCGGUCAGAGAGUGGGGGCCUUGGCGUGAGCAUGGUAGAAUAUGUCCUAAGUUCUUCUCCUGCAGAGAAAUUGGACUCCCGAUUUAGGAAAGGAGCUUUUGGCACUAGAGAUGCUGAAACAGAUGGACCUGAGAAAGGAGAUGAGAAAGGCAAGGCUUCUCCAUUUGAGGAGGACACAAACAGAGAUCUUAAACAAGGAGAUGAGGAGGAUUCUAAAAUAAAUGGCAGAGGUUUGCCAAAUGGAAUGGAUGCCGAUUGCAAAGAUUUUAAUCGUACUCCAGGAAGCCGCCAAGCUUCCCCCACAGAAGUAGCUGAGCGCCUGGGCCCCAAUUCAAAUCCUCCCGAAGGACUGGGUCCUCUCCCCAAUCCUGUAGCUAAUAAACCCCUCGCGGAGGAGUUCCCUAGCCCCGAAGCCCAGACUUUGGAUGCCAUGGAGCAGGUGGGCCUGGAUUCCUUGCAGUUUGACUAUCCUGGAAACCAGGUGCCGAUGGACUCUUCAGGGGCUGCCGUUGGCCUCUUUGAUUACAGCUCUCAGCCACAGCAGCUCUUCCAGAGGACCAGCGCACUCACCGUCCAGCAGUUAACGGCCGCCCAGCAGCAGCAGUAUGCAUUAGCUGCCGCCCAGCAGCCCCACAUUGCCGGCGUCUUCUCCGCAGGCCUUGCUCCAGCUGCUUUUGUGCCAAACCCCUACAUUAUUAGUGCUGCCCCCCCUGGCACUGACCCUUACACCGCAGCAGGCUUGGCAGCGACCCUAGCAGGUCCCGCCAUGGUCCCUCCCCAGUAUUAUGGCAUGCCCUGGGGGGUGUAUCCAGCGAAUUUAUUCCAGCAGCAAGCUGCAGCUGCCGCCACAAGCGCAGCCAGUCAGCAGGCUGCAUCCCAGGCGCCACCUCCCGGACAGCAACAGGUUCUCCGGGCUGGAGCCAGUCAGCGCCCUCUCACUCCUAACCAGACUCAGCAGGGGCAGCCAGCAGAAUCCCUUGCCGCUGCCGCUGCCGCUGCCGCCGCCGCUGCCGCUGCCGCUGCCAAUCCCGCUCUGGCUUUUGGGCAGGGUCUUGCCACUGGUAUGCCAGGCUACCAAGUCCUUGCCCCAACCGCCUACUAUGACCAGACCGGUGCCUUAGUGGUGGGCCCUGGAGCAAGAACGGGCCUGGGCGCCCCAGUCCGCCUCGUGGCCUCCACACCUGUUCUCAUUAGCUCGGCAGCAGCCCAGGCUGCAGCCGCAGCUUCUGCCGGAGGGACCGCCAACAGCCUGACGGGAGCCACCAAUGGACUCUUCCGGCCUCUCGGCACCCAGCCGCCGCCGCCGCCACCUCAGCAGCCUCCUCCUCAGCCCAGUACAAAUCUGCAGUCCAGUUCAUUUUAUGGGAGCAGCUCUCUAACCAGCACCUCCCAGAGCAGCUCCUUGUUUUCUCAUGGUCCAGGCCAGCCUGGAGGCACGUCUCUGGGCUUUGGUAGUGGCAGCUCCUUGGGGGCUGCUCUGGGCUCUGCUCUUGGUGGCUUUGGCUCAUCUGGAGGCCUGGCCAACGGCAGCGGGCGCUACAUCUCGGCGGCUCCGGGAGCCGAAGCCAAGCACCGCAACGCAUCUAGCGCCUGUAGCCUGUUCAGCUCCAGCAGCCAGCUGUUCCCUCCCUCCCGGCUGCGCUACAGUCGGGCUGACAUCAUGCCCUCCGGCCGCAGUCGCUUGCUAGAAGAUUUCCGGAACAACCGAUUCCCGAACCUCCAGCUCAGAGACCUCCUGGGCCACAUAGUAGAGUUUUCCCAAGACCAGCACGGCUCCAGAUUCAUCCAGCAGAAGCUAGAACGAGCUACACCUACUGAGCGCCAGAUGGUGUUUAAUGAAAUCCUGCAGGCAGCCUAUCAGUUGAUGACGGACGUUUUUGGCAACUACGUCAUUCAGAAGUUUUUUGAGUUUGGGAACCUGGAUCAGAAACUCGCCUUGGCGACCCGAAUCCGCGGCCAUGUGCUGCCGUUGGCGCUCCAGAUGUAUGGCUGCCGUGUCAUUCAGAAAGCGCUGGAGUCCAUUUCCCCUGACCAGCAGAACGAGAUGGUCAAGGAGCUGGACGGCCACGUGCUCAAGUGCGUGAAAGACCAGAACGGGAACCACGUGGUGCAGAAGUGUAUCGAGUGUGUGCAGCCGCAGGCCCUGCAGUUCAUCAUCGACGCUUUCAAAGGACAGGUGUUCGUGCUCUCCACCCACCCCUAUGGCUGCCGCGUCAUCCAGCGCAUCCUGGAGCACUGCACGGCCGAGCAGACCCUGCCCGUCUUGGAGGAGCUGCACCAGCACACGGAGCAGCUGGUCCAGGAUCAAUAUGGGAACUACGUCAUUCAGCACGUUCUGGAACACGGCCGCCCCGACGACAAAAGCAAGAUCGUUUCCGAGAUCCGAGGCAAGGUCCUUGCCCUCAGCCAGCACAAAUUUGCCAGCAACGUGGUGGAGAAGUGCGUGUCGCACGCGUCCCGGGCCGAGCGAGCCCUGCUCAUCGAUGAGGUGUGCUGCCAGAACGACGGUCCUCACAGUGCCUUAUACACCAUGAUGAAGGACCAGUACGCCAACUACGUCGUCCAGAAGAUGAUCGACAUGGCGGAGCCCGCCCAGCGCAAGGUCCUCAUGCAUAAGAUCCGGCCCCACGUCACCACGCUGCGCAAGUACACAUAUGGGAAGCACAUAUUGGUCAAGCUGGAAAAAUACUACCUGAGGAACAGCCCGGAGCUGGGGCCCGUCGGAGGCCCCCCCAACGGGGUGCUGUAGGAGAACGUUGCUCUGGUGAAUUAUCAAAACACAACUCAACUAGGAAUGUUCGGAUUUUUUUUUUUUUUAAGCAGACAUAUUUAUUGACUUGAUUCAUCCAUUUGUAAAUUUUUUAAGGUUCUUGUGUAUAUUUGGGGGGGGUGAAUGAUAGAAUAUCUCCAACCCUGAUUAAAGACCUAUCAGAUUGGAUUGCUGGCAAAGCACAGAAUGCCUGUAUAUGAUGUAAUUGUAUCAAAAAUAGCUGUCACAUAUUUUGUAAAUUUUUACCUUGUAAAGUCACAAAAAAUAGUUUUUAAAAGGAAAAAGUACAGUAUUCUUUUAAUAAACUGGCUCGCAAUCUGGUAGGUCUACUACCCCAUAGCACAACAGGUUUAUAGACAUGUAUAUAGAAUAAUAGUCCUUAUUUUUCCCCCUUUCUGUGAAGCCUUUUAUACCAGAUUGACGAUUACCUGCAUAAAUAUUAUUCCUAUUUAACAAAGGAAGUUCAGUUGUAUUUUGGUAAUUCACCCCCCGCUGCCCAAGAAGACGAGAUCUGAGAUGCUCCGAGAAGAGAAGGGCUCCCCUCUGUGCCGUGAGCUGGGCUGUACGGACGCUGCCCUUCGCCCUCUCCCAGCGCACAGAAGAGCGCCGCGGACGCCUGUCUACUUAACGCUUGUUGGAGGCGCAGCUGGAGACGGAGAAAAAUCACGACGGCGAGUGGAGGGGAGCGGAGGUCGGGGCGAGGGGGCCCCCGAAGCGUGAGGACUGAGCCCCCGAGGGCUUCCUCGCUGCCUCUCCGUAUCAGCUUCGCGCGCGUCGUUCCUGGGUGUGAGUGUCCGGUCGGACGGCAGAGAUCGGCUUGAUGUUCAUUACAAACUUUGCUCGUUUGGUAGUGAAGCUUUUCUUGGCUGUACAGAUGUACAUUUGUAAACCUUCCUGCUGGAAAUGGAAUUGGUUUGACCCUUUGGGGGGGAUAAAAUUGCAUUUUCGUGUAUAUUCCGAUCCCCAGCCCUUUUGCCCCGGCAUAUAGUGUUGUAUAAUGUAAAUUUAUUUCUCCAAAUCAAGAGUGAUUUUUAAGGAAAUUUUAUCUUUCUAUGGUUUCGGAAGUCUGGCCCGGGUUUCUUUUUAACUAUUGUGAGAAAAGUCCUUUUGUUUUAGAGCAUACCUGUAGGUUCUGUUCCGACAGAUGGGAGUCAGGGUAUGGUGUGGACGGAGACGGUUCUGGAGGGAGAAGGGCCUCCGCGCAGAGGCCCAGGCAGGCUCGCCCAGCCUCCCCGAUGGGGCGGCCGUUUUCUUGUAGAAGAGUCCUGCCUUUCUGACCGGCCUCGCCUCGUCUGCUCUGGACGCCGGACGCUGUAGCAGAGACACGAAGACGCUGUCCGUUUACAAGAGGCCUUAUGUACAUUUCCCAAGGAGCUUUUUAAGGCAAAAUUGCGACCCUCUGUGUAUAAUUAAAAUCGUUUUUAAUCCUUUGCCUAUGGAAAUAUUUUGGAAAAAAAAAAGCUUGCUUUGUAUAUUCAGUUUCUGAAAGAUAAAGAAAGUGCUUUGUAUUUUGUUGAAGUCAGUAUUUUGUAUAAAACAUUUCGGUUGGCCCAUCCCAGUCAUCAGAUCCUGUCCGAGGGCGUUCGAUCCGGGCUCUUGAGAAGAGGAGGAGCCCCGCCUGGCCAGGCCUGCUAUUGCGAAGCUGGACCGAGCAGGAGUGAAGAAGAGAUGGAAGGGAGCCGAGCUCUCCUUGGCGGCUCUCCGUCUCCCUCCCCCAGGGAGGGUUUGGGGAGCUCCGCUAGAUCCCCGCAGCACCGUCUUUGCAGAGCCUCCCCCCUCUGCCAGUCCCGGCCCAGCCUCGGUUCGGGACUCGUGGAGGUCGUGGCCUCGUUUUACCCAAUCAUGAAGCCCUCUGUGGGCCGCUAUGCAUCGGGCCCUCGGCCUGCCUCCAGGACUGGUCUUCCUUAGAAACGGGAUUAGGAGCCCGAGCCCCCCUCGGAAGGCGAGCGGGCUUCCUCUGCCCCCGCUCCGAGGCUCCCCGGCCCCCCGCAGCCCUGGGUGCUCCUCUGGGGCGGAGGGAAGUCUGCUGGGGCAGAACCGUCCCGCCUUUGCACACGAGCGAGCGUCUCCUUUUGAGAUGGAUUGUUUAUGGACCAGUUUGUCUCGUCUGAGAAGUCCCGGCUCUUUUCGGUUCACAUGGAAUAAUGUUUUAUUCACUUAUUUGUAUAUUCUGUAUAAACUAGAAAAUGAAACGUGUGAAUAACAUUGUAUGAAAUAAACCCGGUCUUGUGUUUUUCUCUAGGGA